ACCUACAUCGGACACAUUCUUCUCCUGGUUAAUCCAAACAAAGAGCUGCCCAUCUACUCCACUUUGGUGAGUCAGUUGUACCUGAGCUCCACGGGUCGUCUGUGCUCCUCUCUGCCGCCUCACAUCUUCUCCUCAGCGGAACGAGCUUACCACAUGAUGCUGCUGGAGAGGCGCCCGCAGUGUUUCAUCCUCAGUGGUGAAAGUGGUUCUGGAAAAUCCGAGGCAUGUAAGCACAUAGUGAGACACCUGACAGCCCGCUCCAGCCCCAAAGGCCUCGCCUUGGAGUCCAGAAUGAAACAUGUUAACUCUAUCCUGGAGGCCUUCGGUCAUGCAAAGACUCAGAAGAACAACAACUCAAGCCGCUUUAUAAAGCUGUUGACCAUCCAAUACUGUGACAAGAGGAGGACGCUGCUCAGAGCUCGACUGUACACGUACAUGCUGGAGAAGUCCCGCCUGGUGCACCUGUCUCCUCAACAGCACAGCUUCAGCAUCUUCUAUCUGAUGGCUGAAGGCAUGUCGCCUGAGGAGCAUAGUGCACUUUACCUCAACAAUGUCCUGACUCAUAGGUAUCUUAAUGGAGCAGUUGCGGGGGAAAAACCUCCAGUAGCGACAGCCUCGAUCCAAAGCAGGGAACGCCUGGCAGCAGUCAAACAAGCCCUGCGAGCCCUGGGCUUCAACAAGCAGGAGGUUGACUCAGUGUUUAUGCUGCUAUCCGCUGUUCUCCAUAUUGGGGACCUACGUUUUACAGCAUUGACAGAUGCCGACACAGCCUUCCCCUCUGACCUGCAGCUGCUGGAGAGAGUGGCUGGAAUGUUACAGCUGUGCUCCAAAGACCUGAGCACUGGCCUGACCUCUGAUGUUCAGUACUUCAAAGGUGAUGUGAUCACUCGGCGCAACACGGUGGAGAUGUCAGAGCAGUACAGAGACCAUCUCGCCAAGGCCAUCUAUGGACGCCUUUUCAGCUAUCUAGUCAACCGUAUCAACGACUACCUGCAGGGGCAGGACGACAGCAUCGGGGAUCCUGCCUUGGAAAUUGGGAUCUUGGACAUCUUUGGGUUUGAAGAAUUUCAGAGGAAUGGCUUUGAGCAGCUGUGCGUGAACAUGACCAAUGAGCGGCUGAGGCAGUACGUCUCCGAGGUGCUAUUCCAGCAGGAGCGGGCCGAGUGUAUGCAAGAAGGCAUCACCAUGGAGACCUCAGGCUCCCACGGCAACCAGUCAGCUGUUCUAGACUUCUUUCUGCAGAAGCCGCAGGGACUGCUGUGUGUCUUAGACGAGGAGAGCCAGAGUCUGAGGCCAGCAGAGCAGACCAUGUACAAGAGGCUGUCCACCCAGCUAGACUCCAAUCCCACUCAUGGCCUCUCUUUUACAACUAAGGACGGCAACGGAAACCCCCCACCUAAAGACCAGGGUCCGGCCUUCACUGUCAACCACUUCGCCGGACAGAUUUCUUAUGACCUCACCGGAUCCCUCAAACGAAACAAGGACUCCCUUCCUCAGAAUCUGUUGUUUACGAUGAAGUCCAGCGAGAGCGUGUUACUGCAGCAGCUCUUCCAGUCCAAGCUGACUCAGACUGGUUCUCUGGUGCCAGCAGCCCAGAGCCGUGCUGGAUUGAGAGGGCUUAAAGCGGCCUUGUUGCUCCACAGGAUGCCAUCAGCAUCCCUUGUCACCACCAACACUGUCCCCCAACAGCCACGGAGAUAUCAUGACCUUACCAAGAUCUCGAAGAAGAAAGGCUCGGGCUCCUUCCUCCAACGGUUAGAGCGCUGUGGGCCCAUUACAGCUGCUGUCCAGCUGAGAAACUCGCUGUCAGAGCUGAUCAGUAAGCUGCAGGCAUGCACGCCUCACUUUGUGGAGUGCGUGCGCCCAAACGCCAGCGGUCAACCAGACAGUUUCGACAGCUUCCAUGUGUCCACCCAGCUGCAAUACAUCGGGGUGCUAGAGAUGGUGCGCAUGAUCCGUUAUGGAUACCCCGUGCGCCUGUCCUUCCCAGGCUUCCUCAGCAGGUAUAAAGAUCUUGUGAUCCCAACUUUGGGAGAUAAGAAGAAACUGUCGGCUGAGGAGAGAUGUCGCUCAGUUCUGCAGCAGUCCAAACUCCAGGGAUGGCAGAUGGGCAGCAGUAAAGUGUUUCUGAGGUACUGGCAGGCCGACCAGCUUAACGACCGCUGCUACCAGCUCCAUAAAAAGAUCAUCACCUGUCAGAAAGUGGUGCGUGGCUGGUUGGCCAGACGGCGCGUACAACGCAGGUUGUUGCAGCGGCAGAAGGAGGAGGAGUGCAGUGUGCAGCGUUUCCUGCAGGGGGCAGAGGACAUGGGGCUGCGGACCUAUGACCAGCUGGUCAUCCAAAACGCUUCUGACAUCGCGCGGGAGAGCGAUCGCCUGCGCUGCCAUGGCAACGGCCUCCUCAACACCAUUUGUACCAGCCCACCGCUUGGUGAGAGGCCCGAGCCGGUGGGCAAGGAAGAGGAUCAACCUGUCAGGAGAGUUCUGGAGAAAAGUUGGAAAGCCUACGAGAGUCCUGUCAACGGGGGCAGUCGGGUUAUUCGGCACUUUCGCUCUAGCUCAGUACCCACCCCGCUCGCCAUGGAGAACAUGGUCCUGUCUUCUGCCGGUCCGUCUGUCAAACCAGCCCUGCAGCAGUUAGCUCACACCAACGAAGACGGUACAGUAGGGGGAAGUCUUUCCUCCCCUCGGAAGCAGCCUCCUCCCAAACCAAAGAGGGAUCCCAACACUCGUCUGAGCGCGUCCUAUGAAGCAGUCAGUGCCGGGUUAGUGAUGGCAGCUAAAGAGUGCCCCACUCCAGAGGGGUACGGGUCACCAGCUGGAAGCCCUCCUAAGUCCCAGCUGUCCCCCACAGACCCAGCAGCCUUGUCUAAGCCUCGACCCCACAGUGAUGACUACACAACUAUGAGGAAGGUGCCGCCCCCUAAACCUAAGCGCAGUCCAAACACUAAACUGACGGGCUCGUAUGAGGAUAUCAACGCUGUAGCACCUCAACUCCAUCAGCUGCGCCCUGCAGAUGUGAAGCUGGCCUUGUUGUCCCGUGCUGGGGGAAUGAGCGGUUUUGGUGGUUUGAUGCAGAGAGCAGCCUCCAUAGAUGCCCCACUAGGAGCAGGCCUGAGUCUGUUCCAGGGACACGAUGAUGAGGAUGUGUACAUAGAGAUGUUGGGCUCUCAGCAGCGGGCUCGGAGCCUCCAGGAGCCCCCCGAUAGCCCCGAGCUCACCGACUCAGAGGCCGUCUACGAGGAGAUGAAAUACUUCUCUCAUGAAGAGGGCGGAGCUCCUGCCACUGUCAUUACAAAAGCAGCCAAACUGGAAGCUCUAGGUCUGAGCCUGAUGGGUUUGGGGACCUCUCCUCCUCAGAAGGGGGACACCAAACGGGCGGCAGCAGGGGUCACCGCCGCCAUGGACACCACUCACUCACAGGGCAUGUUCAACAGUGCGGCUCCCAAAACCCCACACGGCAAAGACGGCGGCUGUGACAUCCCAGCUCCCUUCCCCAACCUGCUUCCACAUCGCCCCCCUCUCCUGGUGUUCCCCCCCUCCCCCGUCACCUGCUCCCCUGCUUCGGAUGAAUCCCCCCUCACCCCCUUGGAGGUGAAGAAGCUGCCCGUGUUUGAAACAAACUUGAAUUACGCCACCGGCCCCGACAGCCCCCUGUCCCCGCAGUACUCUCGCCAGAGGGCUGACUCCUCCCCUAGCCUCACCGUCCUCAUGCCAGAGAAGAAGUCCACACCUCCCCUCACACCUCCACCUCCGCCUCCUCCCCAAAACAAUCCACCUCCCCCUUACAGACCCCCAUCGCACUUCCCCUUCCCACCUGAGGCCAACUUCCUGGCUCUUACUCGAGCAGCGUCUGUCACAGGAAGCUCGGACGCCCCCAAAACCUCCUCCUUGCAAAGGGCAGGUGGGGAGCCGCUGGGGAAGCCCCCUCCCUACUCCCCAGUGAAGGUGUCUCGCCCUGAGCCUCGGAGAGCCCACUCGUGCUCCUCCUCUCCCCUGCUGUUCAACCCGGCUAACGGCAGACCCCUGACCAGCCCCCUGGAUGAGCUCAACACCCUCUUCAGCUCUGGACGGAGCCUACUGAGGAAGUCCACAUCUGGACGCAAGAUGAGGGAUGGAGGAUUCAAUUCUAACAUAAACCUUCCAGGAAGGGAAGAUUCUGGCUCCGCCCCCACGUCACCAUCUCUGCAGCUACAGGACAAGAACGCCAACAACCACACUCCUCACUCCUCAAGCCAUGCCACCGUAGAGAACGGCAACCAGAUCUCAAACGGAUCGCUGGAGGAUGAGAGCCACAGCAAGUCAAACAUAACCAGCUCCACCUCUCUGCACAGACACAUGGACAGCCACCACACUCAGGUAUUCCAGCGGUUACGUUUGACAAACAGAGACGAGAGCUCCGCCCUCAGGGAGCUUCUGCGAUGGCGGCGGACGCAUUGUGAGGGUCGAGGAGACUGGAAGCACGGCCCGCCUCGAUCCCCGACCCCUCCCCCCACGCUGCUCUGGACCAACAGGAAAGCCUCUCCAUGACAGAUGUUGUUACAUGUAUUACCUGAAGCUCUCCCCUCCCCCCCCCCACUAUUCCCUUCAGCCAUGCAGGCACAUUUCCUUGUUUUUAUUUUUAUAUGGACUUGGUAACCUCGUUUCUCUGGGGCGACGUAAAAGCUCCGAGCCUAAAAAAAGCAUGAGCCUCGUUCCAGUGCUGGAGGUCCAACCUCUCCAAUGAUACCUGUGUGAUAGAAACUCAGCACUUGGAAACACUGACUAGUGUGUCUGUGGAAAAAUGAUAGGAGAAAACCCAUAAUGGAGGCUCAUGAGGAGUUUAAUUAAGAGAUUAUUUCCAGUUGUUCUUCGACUAAAUGUAUGAUGGAAGCUCAUUGUGAGACUGAAUUCAAAUGCAGAAUAGCAUCAGAUAUGAAACAGCCCUUUUUAGUGCUCCAAACGGUGCUGAUUAUACUCGACUUGCUGUCCUGUGAUGUCCCUGCGUGUUUAACCCCCGAGUCUCAGACCUUUCUGAAGUUUACAACCCAAACAAAGCCUUCAGACACCUCCAGUGUUCAGCAUCACAGAACUGGUUUUAGACACGGGGCCUUUCAGGAAAUACACCUCUCACUUAGCUCCUCUCACUUCCUGGGCCCUUUAAGUGUCACCGCAGCCCAACAAGGGGUCAGUUUAAAAUCUCAUGGUGCACUCUCUUUUCCCCCAUUGUUACCAUCAGCCUUUGAGGUUUCAAAACCUCCUGGCCAAACAUCUGCACUAACCUUUAAAAGGAAAAGGGGAUCAAUCAAAAAAAACCUGCUCAUGGUUUCUGGUGUAAAGCUGAUACAACUGAGCUUUAGUCGACAGGUAUGUAGUUCAUGUUGUGAACAUGAAACUCUGUGCCAAAGUGAAACUACUUUUCAAAGACGUGUCUAAACUAAUAUGUAUAGUUAUAAAAACAGAUGUAUACAAAUAGUUCCUCAGUUACUCAUCUGUACAGACUUACACAAAGACCAAAUCAAAGUUGUUGCCGUGGUGAUUUUAAGAACUUUUCUCUGAGUAGAUCAGAAGAAUAUUACAAAAAGAGGUAGCAACACAACUCUCAUUGUCUCAUCGACGCCUGAACAGUCAUGUGUUGGGG